AUGAGCAUUUCACGAAGCUCAUCGGCAGCAACGUCGGGCGAAGUUUUAAACGAAUCCAAUAUCAGCAGGAAACAUAACAACGGGAAGGGGUACAGGCACCACGUGUCGCCGGACUGCAACACCGUGGCCUCCCUGGACUCGUCGUCGUCGGAGUCACGCAGCGGCCUGAACAGAUACUACCGGCAGGCCUGGGAGGAGCUGCACGAGGCGGCUGGUGCGAAACACGGCCACAGGAGGCACGAAAGGGAGGCCCCCAAGGACGGAUCCGAGCUCGUGGUGUCCGAUGUGUAUCCGGCACCCCACGUCAGGGACAAGAGGCGACACCACCACCACCACCAUCGCGAGCCGAGACAUUCUGACUGGCAUCCGUCGCACCGUCCCCACCACAAUCACAAACCCAGAUAU